AUACGUCAAGUUCGUGAAGGAGCGCACCGAGGUGGAACAGGCCUAUGCGAAGCAACUGCGGAGCCUGGUGAAGAAAUACCUGCCCAAGAGACCUGCCAAAGAUGAUCCCGAGUCCAAGUUCAGUCAACAGCAGGCCUUCGUGCAGAUCUUGCAGGAGGUGAACGACUUCGCGGGCCAGCGGGAGCUGGUGGCCGAGAACCUCGGCGUCCGCGUGUGCCUGGAACUGGCCAAGUACUCGCAGGAGAUGAAGCAGGAGAGAAAGACGCACUUCCAGGAAGGGCGGCGGGCCCAGCAGCAGCUGGAAAAUGGCUUCAAACAGCUGGAGAAUAGUAAGCGAAAAUUUGAGCGCGACUGCCGGGAGGCCGAGAAGGCGGCCCAGACGGCCGAGCGACUAGACCAGGACAUCAACGCCACCAAGGCCGACGUGGAGAAGGCCAAGCAGCAAGCCCACCUUCGGAGUCACAUGGCAGAAGAAAGCAAAAACGAAUACGCGGCUCAACUCCAGCGUUUUAACCGAGACCAAGCCCACUUCUAUUUUUCACAGAUGCCCCAGAUAUUUGAUAAGCUACAGGACAUGGACGAGCGGAGGGCCAGCCGCCUGGGCGCCGGGUACGGGCUCCUGUCGGAAGCCGAGCUGCAGGUGGUGCCCAUCAUUGCCAAGUGCCUGGAGGGCAUGAAGGUGGCCGCAGAGGCCGUGGAUCCCAAGCACGACUCCCAGGUCCUCAUCGAGCUGCACAAGUCAGGCUUCGCCCGCCCCGGCGACGUGGAAUUCGAAGACUUCAGCCAGCCCAUGAACCGGGCGCCCUCGGACAGCAGCCUGGGCACCCCCUCGGACGGCCGGCCUGAGCUCCGAGGCCCGGGCCGCAGCCGGGCCAAGCGCUGGCCCUUCGGCAAGAAGAACAAGACAGUGGCAACCGAGGACUUCAGCCAUUUGCCCCCUGAGCAGCAGAGAAAGCGACUGCAGCAACAGUUGGAAGAACGCAACCGUGAACUUCAGAAGGAGGUCGACCAGAGGGAGGCCCUGAAGAAAAUGAAGGAUGUCUAUGAGAAGACACCCCAGAUGGGGGACCCCGCCAGCCUGGAGCCCCAGAUCACGGAAACCCUGAGCAACAUUGAACGGCUGAAAUUGGAAGUGCAGAAGUAUGAGGCGUGGCUGGCAGAAGCCGAAAGUCGGGUCCUAAGCAACCGAGGGGACAGCCUGGGCCGGCACGCCCGGCCUCCCGACCCCCCGGCCGGCGCCCCACCUGACAGCAGCCAUAAUCACGGGUCACAGGACAACAAGGAGAGUUCCGAAGAGCCUCCCUCGGAAGAGGGUCAGGAUGUUCCCAUCUACACGGAAUUCGAUGAGGAUUUUGAGGAAGAGCCCACGUCACCCAUAGGUCACUGUGUGGCCGUCUACCACUUCGAAGGAUCCAGCGAGGGCACCAUCUCCAUGGCCGAGGGUGAAGACCUCAGCCUCAUGGAAGAAGACAAAGGCGACGGCUGGACCCGGGUCAGGCGGAAAGAGGGCGGCGAAGGCUAUGUUCCCACGUCCUACCUUCGAGUCACGCUCCACUGAGCCCCGCCUGGGCCCGGGAAAAGGGGGGCUGUCGGCUGCUGCUUCCGGGCCGCGGGGGGGCCCGGGACCUCUGCACUUUAUUCUGCCCCGUGGCUUCGGCUGAGACCUGUGGAACCUGCUGCCCCCACGGUCCCGGUCCCACCUGUCCCUCCACACGGACCCGCGUGCCUUUUUCCAGCAAUGGACAUACUUAGGUUUCAGAUCUUUUCUUCCUACCGCUCCGGCUUGGGCCGUUUUGUUUUAUAUAUAAAAAAAAAUUAUUAUGAA